AUGGUUGCUCAUCCUGCUGCUUCCAGACCUCUGUACAGCGCGAAGACCUCGUUGCGGAAAUCCCGGACCUUCACCUCAACCAUCCACGCUCGGCAUGACACUUCUACCAAUGCCACCUCGAAUCUGAGCUCUCGCUGGCUGUCAGACCUCAAGACGCGUCUAGGAAAAUGUAUACACUUUGGUAUGAACGAUGCGCAAGUCAAUCAAGCCGGAGCACUCCUCGUUGAGGUUGCUCGCGACUGGAAAACUCUGCUUGCUGGAAGUGAAGGAUACCUCACUUCGCGCCAGCGUGCAGGCAUUACUUCUACCUUGAUUGAAUGGGGUCAUCAGGAUGCAAUGGGUCACGUCAAUAACGUCCAAUACGUGCGGUACUGCGAAACCAGUAGAACGAACUGGACGCGACAGAUCGGAGAGCACUUUGACCCUGCAAACAAGAAGCUGUGGGAUGAGAUGCUCACUAGUAAGAGUUAUGGACUCAUACUGAAGAGUAUCAAGGUCGAUUUCAAGUUUCCUAUGACCUGGCCGGACAAGAUCAGCGUCUAUCACAAAAUUAGAGUCAUGCCUAAAGAAUCUGACAGUAGCAUGCUGUUGGAUGUCAUGGUGCUAUCUGAGGGCAAGCAGCGUGUGGCUGCAAAAGCUGAAGAGGAUGUUGUGGUCUACAAUUACAAGAAGGGUCAGAAGAGUAGCCUGCCUGACUAUAUGCUUACUCAAUUCAAGCAACAAUUCGAGGAGCAGGAAGAACUGAAGAAGAAGAGCGGUCAACGUAUCAAGGAGAUCUUGGACGCAGUCGCAGCUUUGGAGAAAGAGACUUGGGACAGACCAGAUGCCAAGGAGGACGUGGGAGGAACAAAGUGA